AGGCGCUCAGCUGUAGCCCUGGCAAAGAGCGAAGCGUGCGGUCCGGAGAGAGACGCUCCUCCAACAGUUGACAGCGGUGCGGACAGAGGGAGUACCCUGUGUUAGAGUAGUGGGGACAAGACACUUUGGGGCGGACGGUGUACUUUUUGUUCAUAAUGAUGGCUGACCACCAUUUGCACUAUAGCGACUCAGCGGCGAUCGGAAAUCGAUUUGCACGCAAAGGUGCUCUGCGCCAGAAAAACGUCCACGAAGUGAAAAACCACAAAUUUACUGCGAGGUUUUUCAAGCAGCCGACCUUCUGCAGCCACUGCACGGACUUCAUUUGGGGGUUUGGGAAACAAGGAUUCCAGUGCCAAGUGUGCUGUUUUGUGGUUCACAAACGCUGCCAUGAGUUUGUCACCUUCUCCUGCCCAGGAGCUGACAAAGGGCCGGACACAGACGACCCCAGAAGCAAGCACAAGUUCAAGAUCCACACGUACGGCAGCCCCACUUUCUGCGACCACUGUGGCUCCCUACUCUACGGACUCAUCCACCAGGGGAUGAAGUGCGACACCUGUGACAUGAACGUGCACAAGCAGUGUGUGGUCAACGUUCCGAGCCUGUGCGGGACGGACCACACAGAGCGCCGCGGACGCAUCUUCCUCAAGAUAGAGGUCACCGGCGACAGGCUGCACAUCACAGUGGGUGAGGCUAGAAACCUCAUCCCCAUGGACCCCAACGGUCUGUCAGACCCCUACGUGAAGAUCAAGCUGACCCCCGACCCCAGGAACGAGACCAAGCAGAAGACGCGCACAAUCCGCUCCUCGCUUAACCCCUGCUGGAACGAGUCCUUUACCUUCAAGCUGAAGCCGUCCGAUAAGGACCGCCGUCUGUCCAUCGAGGUUUGGGACUGGGACCGGACCACUAGGAACGACUUCAUGGGCUCCAUGUCCUUUGGGGUGUCUGAGCUCAUCAAGUCCCCCAACUGUGGAUGGUAUAAGAUGCUGAACCAGGAGGAAGGGGAGUACUACAACGUACCCAUUCCUGAGAUAGACGAUGUCAACCUAGAACUCCGGCACAAGUUUGAGGCCUGCCAACUAAAUAUCCACUAUCUCAAGAAAGCCAAGAUGGGUCCCGGUAAGAAGAUGAUCACUCCGUCGGACCACCGGAGGUUCAGCCUGCCGAACAUGGACCGAGUCCGCCUCAGUGACUUUCACUUCCUGGCGCUGCUGGGGAAGGGAAGCUUCGGCAAGGUGAUGCUGGCAGAGAUGAAGUCAACAGAGGAGCUGUACGCUGUUAAGAUCCUGAAGAAGGACGUGGUGAUCCAGGACGACGACGUGGAGUGUACCAUGGUGGAGAAGAGGGUGCUGGCCCAGAGGGAUAAGCCCCCCUUCCUCACACAGCUGCACUCCUGCUUCCAGACCGUGGACCGGCUGUACUUUGUGAUGGAGUAUAUCAAUGGAGGGGACCUCAUGUACCACAUUCAGCGUGUGGGCAAGUUUAAAGAGCCCCAGGCAGUAUUUUAUGCUGCAGAGAUUGCCGUGGGCUUAUUCUUCCUGCACAGAAAGGGAGUCAUCUAUAGGGAUCUUAAGCUGGACAACGUCAUGCUGGACUCUGAGGGCCACAUCAAGAUCGCUGACUUUGGCAUGUGUAAGGAGAACAUGUACGAGGGUAUGAACACGCGCACCUUCUGCGGAACGCCAGACUACAUCGCCCCCGAGAUCAUUGCGUACCAACCUUAUGGGAAGUCUGUGGACUGGUGGGCGUAUGGCGUUCUACUCUAUGAGAUGCUGGCAGGACAGCCUCCAUUCGAUGGAGAGGAUGAGGACGAGCUGUUCCAAUCCAUCAUGGAGCACAACGUCUCUUACCCCAAGUCCAUGUCCAAGGAGGCCGUCUCCAUCUGCAAGGGACUGAUGACCAAGCACCCAUCCAAGCGGCUGGGCUGUGGGCCCGAGGCGGAACGGGACAUCAGGGAGCAGGCGUUCUUCAGACGCAUCGACUGGGAACGCCUGGCCAACAGAGAGAUCCAGCCCCCCUUCAAACCCAAAGUGGGCGGCAAGGGGGCGGAGAACUUUGAUAAGUUCUUCACGCGCACCCAGCCCAUGCUGACCCCGCCCGACCAGCUGGUCAUCGCCAACAUCGACCAGAGCGAGUUCGCCGGCUUCUCCUACGUCAACACGCAGUUCAUCCACCCAUCACUGCACAGCGUCGUAUGAGUGGACCGACGGCAGUGGAGGAGGAGGACAUGGAGAACGAAAGAUCGAGUGAGACAGAGGGCUAUGGAUAGAAAGUGGUACAACAACGGUAACUUUGCAGAUAUUCCACACGCCAAUCCUUCAGUAUCCUACGGUGGGAGAAACUCGUCGUGUCGUCCUCUACUCAACCCUCCGGGAGAGAUCAAGGAGGAAUCAAGAAAAACCAGAAGGGGAGAGUAAUCAAGUCUCAAUCAUCACAACACAUUUGCUGUUACUUUUAAAAAACGUCCAUCUCAAUUCACCACACAGCCCCACACAUUCGUAAAUAUAUAGAUAAUAUAUUCAUAUUCCUUCACGCCGGUAUCCUUCAUUACUCCGACUCUUUCCUUUGUUUUGAAUGUGAGAAGCAGACACGGCCCUAAUAUGCCUUCCAGGUCCUGGUAAUAAGAUGCAAGAUGUACAUAACCCCAAACCACCUCUUACCAUGCAAGGAGCUACGUCACACCCGACAGAACUUGACAUUACACUUUUCCUGGUCCCUGUUCUGUUGUACAUUCUUGACCAAAAUGUCCUGCCAUGGUUAAAAUACAUCCUGUUUAUGUUUUCUAUUGUAAUAUACAGAUGGUGUGCUGUUACACGAGUGCCAAAAAAUAGACGUGGAGCUAAAUAAGUACAAAUCCUGCUGAGUUUAUAGACAGCUGUAUCAGUUGCUCAACAGUACUUAGGAACUACAAGGUCUCCGGCAUAUUGGACCGUUUUUUAUCAACGAGUUCAAACCCUUUUCCACUGGAUCUUUUUAUUUUCACUAUUCUUGAUAGGAAUGUGGGAAUUACAUGUAAACACAUUUACAGAUAUAUAAAGAAAGUUACAGAGGAAGAUGCAAAUAUUAGUAUGUCUGACGUGUAUGGGGAGUCAGAAAUCUGUGGAACAACAAAUAUUGAUUUGACUUGAACCUAUAUUUACUAUCUCCAUAUUCACAAGGCAGUUCAUUGUUGCAUGCUUAAUUUCUGACCCCGAAGGCUCUCUAGAAUGCCAUAAAUGUCUGUAUCAUUGUAAACUGAGUAUGAUAUAUGUUGAUAUAUAAUUGUUGUAUGUUUGAGAGAAGACUUUUAAUCAAUAGUUUUUUUCCCCCAAUUUUGUUUUAUAUUAAGCUUUGUGAUCCUCCAUGUCUAGCGAGAUUCACACCAUUCAUGUCCGUUCUUUUGUAAAUAUGUUUAAAAAAAGUUAUUAGAAGAUACCUUACUUCAAAAUUUUAUAAAACAAACUGAAUGUGCUUUAUUACCUUAUGUAUUUUUGUUUUUGAUUUGUUUCGUCUCGUUUCCAUAGGUUUUCUUUCGUGAGCCACUAGUAUCAUAGAACUUACAACGCACCAUAUGUUUAUCAGUGGUGCUUGAAAUCAGUUUGAUUCUGUCUCGCCUCGGUCUCCUCAAGUCCGUAACAACCAGUCGUCAACCAACCUGCUGGAAGCCAGACAUGAGGUUGUAUGGGGCCUUCGAUGGCCGUCAGAACAAAGCAAAAGCCCUGUGUUUUGUAGCUUAAUAGUGUGCAUGUGUGCGACUAGGCCUGAUCUAAGCAUGACAAAGGCCCCUGCAUGCUACAACUGGUUUCCCAGGUGUGAGGCAUGGAGUACAGCCAAGCGAAUGCCACGCAACAUCUUUCUUUUUCUACCCGUCGCUUUCUCUCUUGCUCGUCAUGUAGCCUUCCUCCGUUCCGAGCUCCUUUUGGCUAGCGUUUAAACAAGCUGUAUAAGCUAAGGCGAUUUUGGUGGGUGUACCUUUCUUGUUCGGCUAGCUUUAUGCUAAUUGGGUUGUUGCCAAACUAACCAGCUGAAACUCGUGUUGUGGUAGCAAGGGGGCUCUGGCCAGCAGCUUGCUUAGUUUUGAGGCUGAAACCUACUUCAUCCCUAAAUUUGUUUGUUUUUGUCGUUCAGAAGCUGCCAAUGUCAGUGACUCUGCACACUUUAGGGUCUUCAUCCUGUAGUUACGUAAUACUUACUAUUAUCGUACCUGAUGUUUUAACUGUCACAUUUGGACCAAAAUUACAUUUUUUUUUUAAGAUGAGAAGAUAAAUGAAUGUUUACAAUGUCUCACAUUGAGAACCAGUAUCAGAGGAGACCAACCUGUGGGGCCCAUGUUGAUGUGCACAACAUGCUUUUCAGGAUACCACAGUAGGCUUGAGUUAUUCGUUUUGUUCUCCCUUUCAGUGUCCCCUGCUUUUGGUAACCAGAUUACUCUUGUUCCUCUGUUUAUUGUGGUAUAAAGGAUACUGUAUGAAUAAAGGUAUAAAAUCCAA